UAUCCACAAAACCUCUCUCUCAGUCAUGGCUCUUCUUCGUCUUCCUUGCAUUUCCCUCCAAAUUCUAGGUCACAAAUCAAACCAGAAGAACCCUAAUUCCAAGGUCUCUCUCAGCAAUUACUCUCUCUCUUGGUCCACUUCUUCGCUAUGCUCCUCCGUUCAAACAAAAUCGAGAAAUUUUACUUCGUACUGCUCCGUUACUACUACUCAAGAGCCAAUCCUCGAAUCAUCAUCUCCAUCUUCUUCUCCGGAAGUCGAAGACGAGAUUUCUAAAACUAGAUUGAUUGCUCAGAACGUUCCAUGGGCAGCUACACCUGAAGAUAUAAGAUCGUUGUUCGAGAAGUACGGCAAUGUCGUCGACAUUGAGAUGUCUAUGCAUAAGAAGGAAAGGAAUAGAGGUUUGGUUUUCAUUGAAAUGGGUUCUCCUGAAGAAGCUGCAGAAGCUCUCAAGGCUCUCGAAUCAUAUGAAUAUGAGGGUCGUCGGUUAAAGGUAGACUAUGCGAAGGCCAAAAAGAAGAAGACAUAUGCGCCGCGUGAGAAGCCUUCGCCAGUGCCUACAUUCAAUUUGUUUGUUGCAAACUUAGCAUUUGAAGCAAGGGCUAAGCAUCUUAAGGAGUUCUUUGAUGCAGACACUGGUAACGUUGUGUCCACUGAAGUUAUAUUCCAUGAAAAUCCGAGGAGGUCGAGUGGUUACGGGUUUGUCUCUUUCAAAACCAAGAAACAGGCCGAGGCAGCGAUUAUUGAGUUCCAAGGAAAGGAUUUCAUGGGAAGACCAAUCCGAUUAGCUCGUAGCAAACAGUUUGUCAAAUUGCAAGCAAAAGAAGGGUUACAGCCACCAGAGGAGGAAGUGGAGGAGGAACCAUCAUCUCAGACCGAGACAGUAACCGCAGAGGAAGAAACUCCAGCUGCAGAAAACUAAGUAGGAUUACUUCUGGAAGGUAUUGGAAUUAAAGAAGAAGGAAGCUUUUCGAGGUUUAUAAGGUCUGUAUUCUUCUUAGUUUUGGACCAACAAGAGUGGUUGGGACACACACAAAGUACCAAACCUUUAGUAAACUGGUGAAGUAAGAAGUUACAAGACUAAAUUUUGUUAGAAGUGAAAACUUAAGUAGAUGAGAUGAGAUCAAUUCUCAAGAAACAAACCAAACCCCUCAUGUGGCUUUGAGAAACAUUGCUUUGUUUCGAUUGCUUCUUUGCUAUAAGCCUAUAACGUUUUAGUGUGUGUAAUGUGUAUUCUUUUUAUAUAUGAAACCUUAAAUUUUAAAGUA